GCCAAAUUCGAGGCAGCGGCAGCAGCUGAUCGCUCGUGUAGCCGUGGACGCGUUUCUUCCCUCCUCCGCGUGGAAGUUUGGCCCGUUUGGGGACCGCGAAUGCCGCCGGCCGCUUUGGCUUGCUAGUUUCGCUUCCGCAGCCCAGCGCUUGCGCCAUGGCCGAGAAGUUGCAGCCGCGCACUUUGCGGCUCUCGCCUCCCGGCUUGGGCUUAGCCGAGGGGCGCGGGGAGCGAGGGGCCGUCAGGAUGUUGGGGGACAUGGAUGAAGAAGACGACGCCUUCCAGCUUCCGACGGGAGGGACCAGGCUGGCCUCUCUCUUUGGACAGGAUCAGACAACUACAGAGUCUGGAAAUGUGCUCUUCCAAUACAUGCUACCCAAGCAGCCUAAAAAAGGUCAACUAUCUACCGGUAAGUAAACUGUUCACAAUGCC